GGCAUUCAUUUGUUUGUUUGUCCUCUUUGUUUCGUAAUUACUCCAGUUUCUUGUUUCAUGUCUAUGCACCGGUAUUAUCGUUCCUUUUCAAUUUUUUUAUUACAUUGUGUCAUAUUUUUUAUUACUUUUAUCGUUUUGCUUUAUCAUAUAUAAUUAUAUAUGAUUAUAUAUAUAAUUAUUCGGAAUAUUAUUUAUUAUUUAACACUGUAGUAGCAGAUUUGUAGACGAUAUAUUUUCUAUAAUUCGAUUCUAGGUUAUGUAACCUCCUCAACUUUCCUUUUUCUCCCUUGGUUUUCUUUCUCUCGCGGCACGGUAUUGUUUAAAUAAUUUAUUGUCGUAUAUGCGAUACAUAGACGUACGCCUUGUGUAUCGUAAUAAUUCAUAAGGUUUCUUCCUGCUCCUUGUUCGCGAGUUUCAGUAAAACCCGUCUCUGAAAUUCAAGCAACUACUAAUGUCCGAUAAUCCGAAUAUGAGUACGUCAACGGUGAAUGCGAAUGGAGGCGUUCAAGUGAAAUGCAGUGAAAUGUUUUCGUAUUAUCCAGGGUACUGUAGCUUUGGUGACUGGCGGUGCCUCCGGCCUGGGCCGUGGUACCGUGGAAAGGUUCAUCAAGCAAGGUGCAAAAGUAGUCGUUGGCGACUUGCCGGCAUCGAAGGGGCAGUCCGUGGCGAGCGAGUUGGGAGAGGCCAAUGCAAUGUUUGCACCCAUGGACGUAACUUCGGAAUCCGAUGUUCAAGCUGCUCUCGACCUGACGAAACAGAAAUUUGGCAAGCUCGAUGUCCUCGUCAACGCUGCUGGCAUCGCCAUCGCCCACAAGACUUAUAACAGCAACAAAAAGAUGGCCCACUCCCUGGAAGACUUUUCAAAGGUGCUCCAGGUUAACACCGCUGGUACCUUCAAUGCCAUUCGCCUCUCGGUCGGUCUGAUGAUCGAGAAUACGCCUAAUCAAGAUGGACAGAGGGGUGUGAUCAUUAAUACCGCUAGUGUCGCCGCUUUUGACGGUCAGAUAGGUCAGGCUGCUUAUUCCGCGUCGAAAGGAGCAAUCGUAGGAAUGACGUUGCCAAUCGCCCGCGAUCUUUCCAAGGACGGCAUUCGUGUGGUAACGAUCGCUCCGGGAUUGUUUGACACUCCGUUAUUGAGGGCACUACCGGAGAAGGUACGCGUCUUCCUCGCGAAAAGCAUUCCGUUUCCUCAGAGAUUGGGCAGUGCCGAUGAAUACGCCAUGCUGGUGCAGCAGAUCGUGGAAAACCCAAUGCUCAACGGGGAGACGAUCAGAUUGGACGGUGCUCUUAGAAUGCAAGCCUAAAUCGGGUCGUCGGAAUCGAAAAAUGGCCAAAAAUAUCUUUUCGAGUAUAGAUAGAUAUUUCGAUGGAUUCAUCUUUUAGCUUUAAAGAGAAGUUACAUAUUAUUGUGUUAUUCUUGAAAGAAAGGGUCCUUCGCAAAUUCUUCCUCUUUAUAUACAAGUUCUAUAUUUCUAUAUACAAGCUUUUUACAUCUUGGAAGGAUGAGCAUCAUCCAGCUACACGCUCCGUGAGUUAUAAUGAAAGUUUUAUAAUACAGUGAAAUAAAAUAAUCUUUUUGCAUACG